AUGGGGUUGUCCUUUGGAAAGUUGUUCAGCAGGCUUUUUGCGAAGAAAGAGAUGCGUAUUCUUAUGGUUGGUCUCGAUGCUGCUGGUAAGACGACGAUCCUGUACAAGCUCAAGCUUGGAGAGAUCGUGACCACUAUUCCAACCAUCGGGUUCAAUGUCGAGACUGUGGAAUACAAGAACAUUAGCUUUACCGUGUGGGAUGUCGGGGGUCAGGACAAGAUUCGUCCAUUGUGGAGACACUACUUCCAGAACACCCAGGGACUUAUCUUCGUGGUUGACAGCAACGAUCGUGAUCGUGUUGUUGAAGCCAGGGACGAGCUUCACAGAAUGCUGAAUGAGGAUGAGUUGAGGGAUGCAGUUCUUCUUGUUUUUGCUAACAAGCAAGAUCUUCCCAACGCGAUGAACGCUGCUGAGAUAACUGACAAGCUUGGGCUUCACUCCCUCCGCCAACGACACUGGUACAUUCAGAGCACAUGUGCCACUUCUGGAGAAGGACUCUACGAGGGACUUGACUGGCUCUCCAACAACAUCGCAAACAAGGCAUAG